AUGAAGAAUCCAAAUACUUCUACAUUUCUUCUUCUUUUUCUCAUCUCUUUGGGUUCACAUGCAGCUUCUGCUGCAGAUGAGCACCAAGAUUUUGUUGAAUGUCUGUCCCAAAAAUUCAAUAACUAUUCUUCCAUUUCAAGCAAUCUUUACACCCCUUCAAACUCAUCCUACUCUUCGAUCCUUCGGUUUUCCAUCCAAAGCUUAAGAUUCAUCUCUGAUUCCACUCCGAAACCGGCCGCAAUCGUACAACCGGAGCACGAAUCUCAAAUCCCUCCCGUCAUCCACUGCGCCAAAGCCAGCGGCCUUCAAAUCAGAACCCGAAGCGGGGGCCAUGACUACGAGGGACAAUCGUACGUCGCACAUGUCCCGUUCGUGAUCCUCGAUUUGAUCAAACUCAAUGAAAUCACGGUCGAUGCCUCGGAGAAAACCGCAUGGGUUGGAUCCGGCGCGACAAACGGCGCGUUAUACUACGCGGUCGCACAGAAAAGCCCGGUUUUAGGGUUUCCGGCUGGCGUCAGCAUCACCUUAGGCAUGGGCGGACAUGUCAGCGGGGGAGGCUAUGGCAUGUUGUUGCGUAAAUACGGACUGGCCGCGGACCAGGUCAUCGAUGCGAGAAUAGUCAACGUAAACAGUACGAUCCUGGACAGGAAAUCAAUGGGCGAGCAUCUGUUCUGGGCCAUCAGAGGCGGUGGUGGCGCCAGUUUCGGCGUGAUCACUGCUUGGAAGGUACAACUGGUGGAUGUUCCAGAAAAAGUCACUGUUUUCAACAUUGGCAAGACUCUGGAGCAGAACGCGACACAGUUAAUCCACAAAUGGCAAUCCAUCGCGCCAGAAUUCGUCGAUGAUUUGUUCCUGAGAAUCAUCAUAAAACCGGAGACUGUACGCUCCGAAACACAAGUAACGAACAGGACGAUUCGAGCUAUUUUCAACGCACAAUUCCUUGGGAAAAUCGACACACUGCUUCCGUUGAUGCAGAAGAUCUUCCCCGAGCUACGGUUAGUGAAAGAAGACUGCACAGAGCUGAGCUGGAUCGAAUCCGUCUUAUUCUUCCUAGAUUUCCCAAUCGCUGCACGUGAAAAGCUACUCAAUAGACUUCAACCUAAGGUGAGAUUUUUCAAAGCGAAGUCCGACUACGUGCAGAAGCCCAUCCCGGGAUUCGGGCUUGAAGGCGUCUGGAGGCUAAUGCUCGAGGCGGUGGCCAACCAGUCCGUGAUCAUAUUCAGCCCUUAUGGAGGGAGGAUGGCAGAGAUUCCGGCCUCCGCCACUCCGUUUCCUCAUAGGACGGGAAACUUGUACAUGAUCCAACACAUCAUAUUUUGGGACGAGAGCCAGAGUCAAGAUUCCGAGAGCUACAUAAGCUGGAUGGGGAGGCUAUACACUUACUUCGCUCCUUUUGUGUCGUCGUCGCCGAGGCAAACGUACUUCAACUACAGAGAUCUCGAUAUCGGAGCCAAUAACCCUAAUGGGGAGACGAGCUAUGAACAAGCCGGCAUUUGGGGUAAGAAGUAUUUUUCGGAUAAUUUCGAUCGUCUUGUUCGGGUGAAGACGAUGGUUGAUCCACACAAUUUUUUCAAGGAUGAACAGAGCAUUCCGCCCGUUGCAUUGAAGAUUUAG